AUGGUUCUCAGGCUCAGCUCCGGGGUUGCUCUGUAUGGCUUUUGCCGAUUCCUCCAGUUCCAUUUUUGGCCAGUUUGGAUAGCCCCUUCUACUGGCGAGCCGAACCACUGGAUUCUGAUAUAUUGCCAAUUUUGCUUUCUACCGCCGUCCUGGCCUUUCUACAAGCCCUUGACUUUCCUCACGAGUUGCACUACCAUUUUCGCUCGCCAAAAUCAAGGCGACAACAUCCUAAUUCAUCCUAGUCCAUUCAAGUCCAUUCCAGUCCAUUACGCCAAUCGCGUGACCAAAUAA